CGAGUGGGCCGAGUGAGCCGAGUGAACCACCGAGAGUUAACGUCCAACAGCUGUGAUCAUGUCGUUACCCCGUGGCGUCGGUCUCGGCGUCGACGUGGGCCAACUGAUGCAGCACCAGCAACAGCAACAGCAACAUCACGUGCUGCCGGCCGCGUUCUUCCUGCGCGCCAGUGCCGAGAGGUAUCAACGGACCCCAAAGUGCGCGCGAUGUCGUAAUCACGGGGUCGUGUCCGCGCUCAAGGGACACAAGCGCUAUUGCCGAUGGCGGGAUUGCGUCUGUGCCAAGUGCACCCUUAUCGCCGAGAGACAACGCGUCAUGGCUGCUCAGGUCGCGCUGAGACGGCAACAGGCCCAGGAAGAGAGCGAGGCGCGCGAGUUGGGCCUGCAAUUGCAAUACAAUGCCGGCAGCUGCAAUACUGCCCCGGUUCUACCGGCGAGCGCCGGUGCGACGCCAGCUGGCAGUCCGCCCCCGCACCCGGCCGCGGCCGCGACUCACGUAGCUGCUGAAUGUGCGGCUCUCCUACCUACGAGGAAGAGGUCCACCCAAGAUGAAUAUCGGCAGUCCAAGGUGGAAAAGAGUGAUGCUGUUAUCGGCUUAAAGCGACCUAGAAUCUCCGAAAACACGACGAUCUUAUCGACCAGCGAUACGGGCAAUGAAGACGAUCGUGAUUCUGAUUCCGGUGGCGAAUUACGAACCGAUCGUUCAUUAGUGGUGUCGACGUCGUCGGGAAUAGCGGAGUCUGAAGCGACGGCGAGAAAACGCACUAAUAGCCUAAAUGAUUCGGAAGAGGGUAGUCCAGAACCGGGCUCGCAGAGUCCGACGCACACUCCGCCACUGACACCCGCCUUGACACCGCAAAGGGAGGACACUCCGGCGCCAGAAAAUCUCAGUUUACGCAAAAGUGGCAGUCCCCCACAGACGCAACAGACUUUGCAACCGGUAGAUUUGGUUCAACCUAGGCCUAGUCCUCCACUACCCCCGUUAGCUGCCGCGACGACGGUUCAUUUUCCUCCUUAUGCACCUCUCUACGGGCCGACGGCGAGCUCGCUAGCGUAUUGCUCGCCGGCGCUUUAUCAGCACCAGCAUCACCACCACAUCCCCGAGUCGCGGGAAAUUCAGAUGCAGAUGCAAAUGCAAAGUAUCCAGCAGACUUGUGGACUGCAGCUACAGCAGCAGCAGCAGCAGCAGCAACAGCAGCAACAACAGCAGCAACAACGUUCACCGGUGGACGUUCUACUGCGUGUAUUCCCUGGGAGACGUCGCGCCGAUGUCGAAGCGCUUCUUCAUCGUUGCAAAGGCGACGUGGUGUCUGCCAUGGAGGUGCUGAUCUGCGAGGACAGUCUGCCCAAGUCGGCGUUCUCGCCCCUGGCGGCCGCCAGUCUACAUGCCAAUGGUACUGGCGGCGACGCCUAUCGGGAGACCAGUCCCGAUGAUGCCAGCGAUAAGACCAGUUACUCCGAGUGA